AUGGCAGACACUACCGAACAAGCUCCCCCGGAGCAGAUCGAGGCAGGCGACGCUGGCCAGAGUGAGGACGAGUUCGAGCCCCAGGAAUGGGAAUCGUCCUCGUCUGGAUCGGCCUCUGUUACGUCAUCAAUCUUGCAGCAUGCUUACGCCAAUGGAAGACGGUACCACUACUAUCGGGAUGGAAAGUAUCCCAUCCCAAACGACGAUAUUGAGCAGAACCGCGAGGACAUGAAGCACGCCAUGGUCAUGGAACUAACCGACGGAAAACUUUUCCAUGCACCGAUUGGAAAGACACCUGGGAAGAUCUUGGAUCUUGGAACCGGAGUUGGUACCUGGGCGAUAGAAGUCUCAAGGGUGCCCCCAAAUGUUCACUUCAUCGUUGAUGACGUUGAGGACGAAUGGCUUUCUGGCGAUAAUUUUGACUUCAUCCAUAUGCGGAACCUCGCAUCUUUGGUUCAUGACCUACCCAAGUUGCUUGAACGUGUCUAUGCCAAUCUCAAGCCCGGUGCGUGGGUCGAGACUCAAGAUUUCAGUGCCAACGUCGCCUGCGAUGACGGCACUAUGCCUGACGAUUGGUAUCUCUUGCAGUUCUGGGAGAAGAUCCGCCAGGCCAUGUCGAAGCUCAACAUCGAUAUACAGGUGGGACCUCGCAUCGGUAAAAUCAUGGAGGAGGCAGGAUUCAUCAACGUGCAGAAGAAGUCGUACAAGGUCCCUGUCGGGACUUGGCCCAAGGACAAGACCUUGCGCUUGGUGGGCAUGUACAUGCGAACCGUGACUGAGGACUUCCUGGGUGCGGCAGCGAGUAAGCCGUUGGCGGCUUUGGGCAUGGAACGGACGGAGAUUGAGGUCUUUCUCGCCUUGGUCCGCAAAGCGAUCAGGGACCCUGAGGUGCAUGCGUAUGGGACUUACUACUCAUGGACUGGACAAAAGCCUCGUACCACUGAGGGCGAGCAGCAUGCGUGA